AUGUCAAGCAAUACGACCAUACCUUCCCCAGCCGUCAUAGUGCCUCCGUCGCCUCCGCCUGGGACUAAUUAUAUUGCAAUAAUACAGCCAUCUCUGAACUCGAUUAUGAUCGGGCACACUUUCACUGUCAUUCUGAUCCCCCUGAUUAUUGCGCUCUUUUACUUCUCAACCCCACUUUCACGAAAAAGGCCCAUAUUCAUUCUCAAUGUCAUAGCCAUCAUUCUAGCAUUCAUUGUUGGGGUCAUGAUCGACAGUUUUGCGAUUCAUUCAAUACUGUCUCCAUUGAACCAAUGGCCGCCAUCAGUUAAUAUUGCUAUUGGAAUUAUAGGCGCCUUUCAAUCGAUCCUUGUUGACAUCAUCCUUCUGCUGCGUCUUACACUGAUCUACCCUCACACCCUUGUGGGUCCGAAACGUUUUGCCCUCAUCAUCGCACUUCCUGUGCUCUUGAAAAUCGCGCGUCUCAUCAACAUGUUCGUGUUCAUUAAAGUUCUUGCGGAUGCUACGAGUGGCCCAAUGGGGAGUGAAAAUGUUGCAGUGGUGUGGGCCACUGCACCCUACCUUAAAAUUGAGUGGUCAGCUCAACUCGUCGAUAAUACCUAUGCGUCCGUAGCCUUCCUCUGGGCAAUCCGUCCUCGAAGAAAUUAUAGACCAAGUGUCCAGAGUGAAAUCAGCCCACGAAAGACGACAUUUGGGCAACGCCUGCGCACACUUUUCUACAUAUCGGUCUCUAACUUUGUCUUUCCUUCUAUCUUGUCCCUCGCCCAGCUGGUUGUCGUGUACAAAAACGUAUACGUCAUCACAGUCAAUGAAAUCGUGCUCGUCAACGUCAUGGUUGCUGUUAUUGGUGUCGUAUUUGCCACCGUAUGGGCUGGCUCUGUCAAUUACCAAGACGGGAAAACCGAGCCUGGCAGCGUGUUUGAAAAAGCGCGAGCUGCGUCUUUCAAUGGACCAGGAACGUGGAAAGUCGCCACAGCCCAGCCUAGUUUGACAAUGGGAUCGAUUGCUAUCACUGAACGGGUGCGCAGCAUGGGUGGGGAGCCGAUCAAGCUCAUUGACAGGAAUCAAACCACCGACACUUUAUCGAAAUAUUUUGGAGGAGAUUCACAUGAACAAGGCGCUCUUUAA